CCUCAUUUGUGACUGACGUCCAGGCUGUCCGCCAUCAACAGCCUGUACACGGACCAGGCCUCCCUACCCUGCUGUUGGCAAUGACGACUUCCAUGUGCGGUUUGAUUUAUGGUCGUGUUACUAUAAUUGUACCGGAUGGAUUUCGCCAUACGACUUAGUAUGAUCAGUUGAUAUGCGCACAAGGAAUCACGAACACAAGAGUCAUCUGAGCAAAACGAGAAACGACAUUCUGUACACACACUCCUGUACACGGAUCUGAAAUUACAACAUCGCAGACCGUGAUAUAACGUGUUGGGAACAUAACACUGGAUAUGAAGAGAAACAGAUUUGUCGGAGGAGAUAACUAGAGCGAUGAAAAGCCCCUGCAUACGACGACAAGGCAUGAUUAUGGAUGUGGAGGACGAGACAGACCAAAGCGAUGAUUAUGACUAUAUGGGAUAUGAUUACACGACGCUUAAUGAGGAUGCUGCCUUCGCCAACACCAUACCGUCCUGGAACUUGUACUUGUACUACCUACAGGUGGAGUCCCCAAAAUCCAAACCGGUACUUUGCCCUGAAAAGUUUGAAUGUAAACCUGCCCAGUACGGACUGGAAUAUCACGGAAACUUGAGCCGAGACCAGGUAGAAGAUCUGUUGUCUAAGGCGGGAGAUGGUUCAUUUCUUGUACGAGAUAGUGAACAUGGGGACGGGGAAUACAGACUGGCAAUCAGAUUUGAUGAAACUGUUCGUCACUUCAAACUGUUCUACGACGGCCAGCAUUAUGUGGGAGAGAAACGUUUCAAUUCUCUGACGGACUUAGUCCAAGAUGGCCUUAUAACCUUUUAUAUAGAGGCCAAGGCAGGUUGUUACCUGGACGAUAUGGCGAAUGAGACAGCGUACGCAAACUCACCGUUUGGAAAAUUAACGACCCCUCAAGAGGGUCAGUUUAAAGAACUUCUGAUGAGGACUGUCCGGAAGACGAAGAACAUGAUGGCGUUGUUAGGCGCAGUGUCGUGUAAAGAUGCCACUGACAGUUCGUGGAUGGAUGACUGUUCGUCGGAAGUGUAUGAGAAGCCUCAUCGGUUUAAGACGAACACGUUCAAAGGGUUGCACUGGUGUGACUUGUGUGCCAACUUUCUCUGGGGUAUCGUUCAGCAGGGAGUCAAAUGUCAAGAUUGUGGUUUCAAAGCUCACGUGAAAUGUGCCUUUAUAGUUCCUAACAACUGCCUACCAAGUAUGAAGUAUGUAAAGAAGGUAUUCGGAGUAGACUUGACAACUGUGUGUAAAGCCCAGAAAAACACAGUGCCCACAAUAGUUCAAAAAUGUAUCGAGGAAAUCGAUGCUAAAGGGCUGAAUGAGAUGGGUAUAUACAGAGUGGCUGGAGAGAGUUCGGAUGUGGAGGCUAUCAGGAAGGCGCAUGACAGAGACCGGAAAUCCGGAGAAGUACCCAAGUUCAAAAGUUCCGGGGACCAUAUCCACACAGUAGCUAGUGUUCUCAAAUUGUUCUUCCGAAUGUUACCCAUUCCGCUCAUCACAUUUCAUGUUUAUCCCAAGCUGCUAGCAUCCACAACGCCCAAAACUCUAUCUGGAAGCCGGCGAGUACAGCUGAUGCGAGAGGCUCUGAAGGAGUUACCUGCCGCUCAUUACCAGACCCUCAAGUACCUGAUUGCCCAUCUCAGCAGAGUGGAGCAGAGGAAGGAAGUGAACAAAAUGUCUCCUGAAAACCUGGCUAUAGUAUUCGCCCCGACUAUCAUGAGGGCUAAGGACGUGGACGGGGACCCUUACUCUGCCUUCAGGAAUCUGGAAGCCGAACACCGAGCCGUUACUUACCUCAUUGUUUACCAAAGUAAAAUAUUCUGUGCGUCGUAAAAACGGUUAUUGCUGCUGUAGUUCAUAUGUGAAUAGGAGAAUGCAUCCAAGUUGCUGAUGAUCUGAAAAAUCCGUGUUUAGCCCAGGUUGUAUUUUAUCGUGCAAUUAUACCUCCUCACGUCCUACCACCAUAGCUCAAAAAGCUUAUUUAUUUAUUCGCAUAGCUGCAUACCAGUACCAAGAAACUUUGUAAAUCCUGAAUUAUUUGGGAUUUUUUUUAUCAUUUCUAUUGAAUCUAACCUUCAAAUCAGAUCAGUUUUUUUUUCUAUGGAUAGCUGCUGCGAUGAGAGACCCAUUUUUGGACAGACGAUUUUAAGUAGACUAAAACUGAUCUUAAAUAUAGGGUGAACGUCACAGCAAUACUGUCAGCCAGGGAGAGACAGGUGUAAACUGGGGAAGACAGCAGUGAUUUUUAUGAGAGGUCAAGUCUGGGACUUAAUCGGCCUCAAACUACAACGAGUAGAAUCUAUGUGUAUGAAGAAAACUGUGAAUGGUAACUGUUCAACUGGCUUUAAAGUUUGUAACAUGUUUUAAUCUGUGAUGGUUCUAAUUUGAAACCAAGACGCUGUGCGACUGUAGCUUCCGCCUUUCUGUUGAUGUAGAGAAUAUCUGUCUGUUCACACAAUAUAUUUUACGAUGAAAACGUGUAACAAUCGGAUGGUGUUAUACCGAUAAAUGAACAGUACCUGAGCACAUUUUAUUUUCAGUGUGCAUAUUAAUGCUCAAUGAAUUUACUAUCAUAGUUAUGUUGUGGUGAAAUCAUUUUAACAUGACGGAGAAACUAUUUUCAAGGUUGACGGUACUUUAACUUUCAUUGUAUUCUUUUAUGCUCAAGUGCAGUGAACAGGUGGUGUUGAACACAUACCGUUGGUGAAAGACGUGGGAUAUAAUAGUAAACAUCGAUCAAUGAUGUUUGUGAAUAUAGCAAAUCUACUGUAAAUAUUGUUCCAUGUUUAGCUCAAUUUUUGGUCUUCUUAACGUAUCCCUAUGCAUUAUCUCCUCCAUGAUGGCUUAGUUCUGUGAGAACGAUUUGGGAUUUCCCCUCAGGUAGUUUGAGUGCCGAAACGAGAAAGGGGAAUUCCCAGUACAACUGGCAUGCCGGUAGAACUGUGAUGGUCAGAGUAGGGAGCUGGCGACUGUGAUGUAUCUUUGCGAUUCGCCGCUGGUUUCUUUGAGGGUUCAGUCCGUGUUUUUGUGAAGAGAAGGCAGAGUAUUUUGUAUUGCUCCUGACUCCAUCUGUACUCAGUAUUGUCUGUAGUGUUGGUCUCGUGUCAGGUUGUGUUUUUGCGAACCAUGUGUGCCUUCACCAUUAGACACUGGCCUGAGGUGCUGAUUAGACCACAACACUCGUCCGAAUAGUUUCAACUCACCAGGCACAUUUCUACGUCUGUAUAUAUUUUUUAUAUAUUGUUAAUCUUUUUUCUGCCUUUCCCCCACCGUGUAUUGUUUCUGUACAUUUCCUCAGUUUAACUCAAGAAUCCAAAUGGUAAUAAGGCCUUAAACGUUAUUUUAAGAUCCAAAGCUCUACCAUGUGUGAAAAUGGUUAUUGUCAAUGAAUUGAGGGGAUUACGUAUGAACGAUGACAGCUGCACAACUUCGUAUGGAUUGUAUGCAUUCCCAGUGGAACUCUCUGUAUUACAUGUUUAAAGGUAUUUCUGUUUAUGUUAGAACCACUUACGACUCAUUUGUCAAAUUUGAUGUGUGGAAAAAAAGACUCACUUAAUAGAUUCUAAUGUUUGUACCUCCGGACUUUAUGUUGAAUACUUUUGAUAUUGUCAGUAUUUUUCUAGUAUUAGAUCAGGGAGAUCCCGUAUCACCAGCCUUUCUAUUGAUAUAAAUUUGCUGCAUGUAUUAUAAACCAUUCAUAUAUACGUCCUGAUUGAGACUGUUUUACCGUUAUGACUCUGUACCUUGUGUAUAUAAAUAUUUAGUGUAGCUAAAUUGUUUGGCCAUGACUGUGCCCUUAGGACAUAAAAUGACUUCCAUAUUAUCGUUGCGGGUAUGAUGGUAUAAUUGAUGGCGGUAUAAGUUUUCCUUGGUCACUUACAGUUUCAUUGGUUUUGUGAGAGUGGAAAACCUGCUAACCACGCAGUUUAGGCCCAGAGCGUACUUAAACUUUGUGGGUGUUGUCAUCUCGAUGUCAUCACAUUUUACCAGUUUAAUCAUUUAAUACAAAGCUUGUAUUUUCACAACAGGGAUUGCGCUUUUGUAUAAAGAACGCUUUCGUUGCAAAAACACAUUAACUUUUCCAGUGCAAAUGAUAUGACUGGUAUCUUUUGUGUCUCGUAAUUGCCGGUUUGUAUCUGACGUAUGAAUUACUACGGUCUUUUUUUCUGAAAAAAAAUCCUAUACAAACAAGACACUUCUGAAAUGCUCUGCUGUUGCUCGGGAAAUUGUGGCGACAAAAUGUCGAGCUUAGGUUUGUAUCAUUUCCCGUAUGUAGUCGUAAUGUACAUGGCGUUACAUAAUUGAAAUACAACUAAAUAGAUAUGUAUUUCCUCUGGGGACAGGUCACAUGACAGUUUGAUUGACAGGCGACUAGGUUGACCAUCGGUAAUGUUAGUAAACCUACAAAUGUAUGCCUACCAUAUUAUGUUGUUUGCGCCCAUGCCUGCGAACAAAGGACGCAAGGUGUUUGCCAGAGUUAUCGUCCUUAUAUCGGAGUAUAGAUAUCCAAUAAAGUUUAGCGUUG